CGUCGAGGUACUUUGUCCAAGCUCACAGUGUUGUUGAUCAUUCUGGCAUAUCAUCAGUCAGAUUCUUAUUCCCGACCAGGUCCAGCCCCUGAUCAGUUUCUUCACAACUUAUUUCUACCGACGCAUAUCUAUCCAUCUCUAUCUACAUCUACACCUUUCAUAUAUGUAUCAAAAUGGGCGACUAUAAACCCCUAAACAACAUCGACGUCCCAAUCACAGUGGUCGGCGCCGGCCCAGUGGGCAUGCUACUGGCACUGCAGCUGGACCGUCUGGGCAUUCCUCAUCUACUAGCGGAACGAAACCUCCACACCACCAAAUGGCCCAAGAUGGACCUGACCAGCACGCGGAGCAUGGAGAUUCUUCGCCUCCUGGGUUUGGCGGAUGAGUAUCGCGCGCUGGAGGGGUCGGUCGAUUUGGACGCUAAUUUCGAUUGCGUGUUUCCUACGAAGGUGUUGGGUGAGGGGAGGAGGGUCUUGGGGGAAUGGACCAGAACCAACCAUCUGCCAGGGUCCAAGCGGCCCACAUCCGCCAAAUCAACGACGGUAGCCAGCCCGCAGAGACAGGACAGCGAUGCACGCAGAUUGUCUUCGAAGCUUGGAUGAAGAACAUUGUCCUAACCCGGACCAGCUGCGUCGAGAGCAAAUUCGGAUGGACGUACGUCGGCCACGAGGAGACCAGGGAUGGGAUCGCGACUACAUUCGUCGAUCAGGCUGGCGUGAGGCAUGUCAUCCGGAGCAAGUAUCUCGUUGCCUGCGAUGGCGGUGGCAGUCGUGUGCGAAAAGAGGCUGGUAUUAAGAUGAUUGGGGGUCCUAUGCCCCUUCGACUACACCUCGUCCAUUUCAAAUCGCAGGAGCUUGCACGUGAGCUCAACGGCAGACGCUUCUGGCAUGCAUUCCCCAUCCACGGAGGAUUCCUGAUCGACCAAGAUGGUCGCGAUACCUUCACGGCCCAUCUUGCAGUCGACCAACUCCCCCCCGGGCCCAUCGACCCGUACGAACUUGUCUACCGCGUUUUGGGCGGAUUCGGCCAGAAGCAUGAGAUCAAGAUCGACGAGGUCCUUGUUCACAGCGAAUGGAACCCAAAUUUUGGCGUUGCCGAGCGCUAUCACAGCGAGAGUUUGAAGGUCUUUCUUGCUGGCGAUGCAGCCCACCGCAGCCCACCCCACGGCGGCUACGGCAUGAACAGCGGCGUAGCAGAUGCAUUCGACCUCGGCUGGCGACUCUCAGCUCUUCUCAAAGGCUAUGGUGGUGGUCUACUCCUCCAAUCAUACGACCUCGAACGUCGACCGAUGAUGAUCAAAGCCCUAAAGCGAUCCCACCGCCACGCAAUGGAGCACGUCAAGUUCCACGCAAUGCUACCAGCAGAUCGCACCGUGCUUGAGCAAGAAAUCCCCGAAACCGAAACCCUCUGCCGCCGGAUCCGAGAUUUUCUCACCGCGUCCGGCCCGGACACUAUCGACCGUGGCGUCGAGCUCGACCUCCGAUACCACUCGCCCGUCAUCUAUCAGGACGGUUCGCCCGAGAGAAAGUGGUCCCCUAGACGAUACGUCCCCAGCACGCGGCCUGGUUCUCGCGUGCCCCAUGUGCUCCUCCGGGAUGGCACGACGAGCACUUACGAUCUGUUGGGCCGCGAGUGGACCCUCGUCCACUUCGUUGAUGGUGAUGACGACUCCUCCGCCAGCGAGGUCUUCUCUGUCACCGCUUACCAGAUCUCCUUCCCCCUUAAGCGAGUCAUCCUGCGCAACGAGCCCCACGCCCGCCGCAUCUGGGAGAAGCCGCUUGUUCUGGUCCGUCCGGACACGCACGUCGCUUGGAGAGGCACGGAGGAAGAUCUGGCGCGCCAGGAUGUGAUGGACAUUUUGAGCGUGGUUUCAGGGAAUGUGUCCUUCAGUGGGUAUGAGCCAAUGUCUGAGGUUUAUGUGGAGGAUUUCAAGAAGCUGGUGGCGCCGUUUUGGUCGGGCGAUGAGAACGCUGAUUCGCAGGCUAGUAUUGCAGGGGAGGAUUUUUGAGGGUUGAUAUGUAUGUAUGGAUAUCAAGACCCUACCACCCUCCAAUUAGACUUUUUAUUCCAGUGGUCAGAUAAGACAUGCGAACAGUCCGAAAUCCAAUUUAGUAGUGAUACUUGACCACUGUGCAUGCUCUAUAGUCUGUGCAGUAAGACCCACAGCGAAAAUAUCCAAUAAACAACCGUUCAAUACAGAUUGCGUCCAGUUUCCAUCACGAUCUCUCGAUGAGCUCACAUAACUGACCUUUUGCGGAUAAAGGUUUCCGAAUUUCAAGUGGAUUGAUAGGUUGUCAUCCUUGCAUAUACAUGCAGGUUAAUGAGGAUGUUGGAGGCAUGAGGACAUCGUCAAUAAACACGACCGUUGACUUUCUGGGGAUCGGUGAAUGUUCUGCUGAAUCCUCACUUACGGAGGGAACGGACUCAAUCUUGCCAACAUCUGGAUGAUUCGUGAAUAAAGGCAGAAGAGCAAUCUUUGAUCAUUUGUAUCCAACAAUCGCAUCAUCAAGACGAUAAUCGCAUCAACACGCGAUGUAACCUGCACCAUCCCAGCUAGCUCGUUCGGACCAAAUAAUCCAAUGGUGCGAUUCUUGUUCUUUAAGACGAGUUGGUUUAUCUCCUAGUAGAAAGCUUGAUAUCCUGGUCUGUCUUUAUAACCCCGCCCCUCCCAGCUUCUCUGCAGACUUUACUCUGGCCUCUGCUAGGUUAACUUCC